UGUUACUGAUCAAUCGAAUUGGUUGCUCCAGAGGAAAGCUAAAGGCCAGGACGGAUUUCCCCAGUCCUAGGGUAUCAUGGAGCAGCUCUUUUCCUAUCAUGUCCGCAAACUUCUCCAAGCCAGUUUGUGGAAGGAUGGACUCCAGCUGGGGGCUUCCUCAGGACCUGGCCGGCGACGAUGGUCGGGGGUCUGCCGAAGGCCUUUGAUUGGGACAUUUCCCGUGCUCCCGUGGGCCUGUUCUGCUCCCAGGCUUUUUAGGGGCCUCCUCCAACUGUCAGAUAUCCCAAGCCGAUGGGCCUCGGGUGCUGCAUGUAACAUGCCUCCCAGCUCCGAGUUUGUUGCCCGCUCAGUGGGCGUCUGCACUAUGAUGAGACUACCCCUGAAGAGCUCCCCCGAAGGGCUGGAUGCAGCAUUUGUGGGAGUUCCCCUAGACAUUGGCACUUCUAAUCGACCUGGAACAAGGUUUGGACCACGACGUAUCCGGGAGGAAUCUGUGUUGCUGAGAACAAUUAACCCAAGCACAGGGGCUCUCCCCUUCCAGUCCCACUUGGUGGCCGACAUUGGUGAUGUGAAUGUCAACCUCUACAAUCUUCAGGACAGCUGCCGGCUCAUUCGAGAAGCCUAUCAGAAAAUCGCUGCAGCAAACUGUAUACCUCUUACCUUGGGCGGAGAUCACACAAUCACUUAUCCCAUACUGCAGGCACUGGCAGGAAAGCACGGUCCUGUUGGGCUGUUACACGUCGAUGCCCACACAGACACAGCCGACAAAGCCUUGGGAGAGAAGCUCUACCACGGGACCCCUUUUCGCCGCUGUGUGGAGGAAGGACUCCUGGACUGCAAACGCGUGGUGCAGAUAGGCAUCCGGGGGUCUUCUGCAAUCCUGAAUCCCUACAAAUACAGCCGAGACCAGGGCUUCCGGGUGGUCCUGGCUGAAGACUGCUGGCUGAAGUCGCUGGUUCCGUUGAUGGGGGAAGUGAGGCAGCAGAUGGGAAAGAAGCCUAUUUAUAUCAGUUUUGAUAUCGAUGCCUUGGAUCCAGCCUAUGCUCCGGGGACAGGGACUCCUGAGAUUGCUGGUCUCACACCAAGUCAAGCCUUGGAGAUUAUCCGCGGAUGUCAAGGCCUGAACGUGGUGGGCUGUGACCUCGUGGAAGUCGCACCCAUGUAUGAUCCUUCCGGAAACACAGCUCUCCUGGCAGCCAAUCUGCUGUUCGAGAUGCUGUGUGUUCUCCCCAAAGUGAAAACUGCCUAAACUGUUCCUGGCCUCCGAGCUUCUCAAAGGGAAAUCUCCUUCCGAGGGUGGACUGGCCACAGGGCAGACGGAUCUGGGGAAGUCUAGAGACAAUUUCUGGAGCACCCAGAGGAUUAAGCAUUUUGGCCAAGUUUUUUGCCAAGUCAAAUAGUGAUUUUCUGUGAAAUGUCUCUUAAGUGCCUGACUUCUAGAAAUGGAGUAAUAAAACUAUUGUUAAUAUAAGAAUUCUUUCCCAAGGACUAAUUACCAUUAAAAAAAUUAAAGAAUCUUUUUUUGUGGUGUGGCUGCAAAAUAAAGAAAGGUGGACUUGGCCAACAAUUCUUCUUGCUACCUAGAAAAAUAGAUAA